UGGAGGAACGCCGCCGGGACCUGCUUUGUUUGUGGAUGAACACCAUUAUCCAUCUCCGAAAUGUGGACUGUAAUAGGAAAAUUACUAUUUUUGCAUUUUGUAAUGAUGGAGGUUUAUUCGGGAAAAGCGGACGAAACGGAGUGUGAGGAUGGACAGUUUCAGUGCAAUAACAAGAGAUGUAUUCCGACUAUAUGGAGAUGCGACGAUGAUGACGACUGCUCCGACAACAGCGACGAGGAAAACUGUCUGAAGAAGACCUGUGCACCGUCGGACUUUGCAUGUGAGAAUGGGCAGUGUGUGCCAGGACGGUGGCGCUGCGAUGGGGAACCUGAGUGUCCGGAUGGGUCAGACGAGGCUGAGGCUACCUGUACAGCUAGGCAGACGUGCCCGCCAGACAAGUUCGACUGCGGGGGGAAGUGCGUGGCGUUGUCGUGGCGAUGCGAUGGCGAGAGGGACUGCGAAAACGGCACCGAUGAGGAAGACUGUGCAGCAGACGCCCGGGCCUGCCCGUCUGCUGAGUUCCAGUGCCGGAACCGCAAGUGCCUGGCGCCGGCCUACGUGUGCGACGGCGACGACGACUGCGGCGACGCCAGCGACGAGGAGAAGUGCUCGCCGCCCACGUGCGGGCCGCACGAGUUCCGCUGCAACAGCUCAGAGUGUGUGCCCCAGCCCUGGACUUGCGACGGCGACCCCGAUUGCUCUGAUGGCUCAGACGAGUGGGUGGGGCGGUGUGGGGGCAGAGCAAGCCGGCCGGCCCCACCCCCUGGCCGCAGGCCGGAGUGCGGCGCAGGAGCAUUCCAUUGUGGCAGUGGGGAGUGCAUCAGGCAAGCAUGGAGGUGCGACAGAGAUCCAGACUGCAAGGACAAGUCAGACGAACUCGACUGCCCUCUCCUAACGUGCCGUCCGGAUGAGUUCCAGUGUGGUGACGGCUCCUGCAUCCAUGGCAUGAAGCAAUGCAACAAAGCCUUCGACUGUCUCGACAGGAGCGAUGAGGCUGGCUGUGUCAAUGCCACUAAGUGCGACGGUCCCCUGAAGUUCCUGUGCAGAAACGGCGAGUGCAUCGACAGCGCCAAGGUGUGUGACGACGUCAAGGACUGCAAGGACCGAUCCGACGAGCCCAAGAAGGAGUGCGGUUUGAAUGAAUGCAUACUAAACAAUGGAGGCUGUUCCCAUAUUUGCGUGGACCGGCCCAUCAGUUUUGAGUGCAAAUGUCCUGCUGGAUACAAACUCCUGGAUAAAAGAACAUGUGGUGACAUCGAUGAAUGUGAGAACCCAGAUGCCUGCAGUCAGAUCUGUGUCAACCUCAAAGGGGACUUCAAGUGCGAAUGCCACCGGGGCUACGACAUGGACCCAGUGAGCAAGACCUGUAAGGCAGAAGGCAAGAGCCCCUACCUGAUGUUCACCAACCGACACGAGAUCCGCCGUAUCGACCUAGUGAAGCGGGACUACACGCAGGUUGUGCCCACCCAGAAGAACGCCGUGGCUAUCGACGUAGACGUGGCCGCCAACCGCAUGUUCUGGUGCGACCGCUUUCACCGCAGGAUCUACAGUGCUUACAUCCAUGAGGCCAGUGACCCGUCACGCCACCUGACCCUGAUUGGCGCCGGGCUGCACUCUCCAGAAGGCCUGGCCCUUGACUGGGUCCAGCACAACCUCUACUGGACUGACUCUGGCAGCAGGAGCAUCUCUGUGGCAUCAGCUGAUGGAAGCAGGAGGCGGAUCCUUAUUGACAGCGACCUGAGCGAGCCGCGCGCCAUCGCUGUGGACCCGGAGCAGGGGUUCAUGUACUGGUCAGACUGGGGAAUGAGGCCUAAGAUCGAGAAGGCAGGAAUGAACGGAGUAGAUCGGCAGGUAUUGGUGUCCGAGGGCAUUGAGUGGCCCAAUGGAAUCACACUUGACGUGGUGGGUAAGCGCUUGUACUGGGUAGACUCGAAGCUCCACCUCAUCUCCAGUAUUGAUGUCAAUGGAGCACAACGCAGGGUGGUCCUGUCCUCCACUGAGAGACUCGGGCAUCCCUAUGCCCUUGCAGUGUUCGAGGACCGGGUGUACUGGACAGACCGAACGAAGGAGGCCGUGUACAGCGCCAACAGACUCACGGGUCAGGAUGUGACCAGCCUGGCCGAACACCUCAACGACCCGCACGACAUAGUGGUCUUUCACGAGCUGAAUCAGCCCCAGGCUCCCGACAGCUGCAACUUGGCUGGCGUGAGCAACGGCGGCUGCGACUUCCUGUGUCUCCGUGCACCUCAGAUCAGUGAACACUCACCAAAGUACACCUGCGCAUGCCCCGACGGCGAGGAACUCAGCCCAGAAACUCGCCUCUGUGUGCCUGUCCAGAACAUCACAGCACCGCCUUCCAGCCUUCCUGGCAAGGGCACCAUGGAGAUGGACAUUGGUGCGGAGGUGGCUGUGACAUCUCAGGCAGAUGGCGCCAUAGAGACCAGUCACCCAGCGGGCCUCUCGCCCAGACCUCACCACCAGGACGCGGCGGGCACAGCAACAGCAGCCACCUGGAGACCAGCGCUAGUGCUGAACCCUGCUUCAGGAGAUGCAGGCAAUCUUUCCCAACACUCUGGUAACGAGGUGUUCCUCCUCGGCCACAGUCUGACCGUGGCGGUGCUUGGAGUUGUCGUCCCUGUAGUUCCUGUCGUUGCCACAGUGGUGUUCGGCCUGGCGUGCGGCGCUGCCUACCUCAUCUACCGCACCUGGAGGAGCAGGAGCACCAAAAGCAUGAACUUCGACAACCCUGUCUACCGCAAGACCACCGGCGAUGCCGACGAUGACGAGAUCCACAUCGGACGGGCGGAGGGGCUGGCUGGACACUGCCACCCCUACCCGGUCCCGGUGGCAGGCGUGGGCAGCGUGGGCACUGGCACGUGUCCACCCUUCAUCGCUCUCCCUCUCGGGAGCGGCGUGCCCGACCCUGCCACGCACUGGUACACGGAGCAGCCUACCAUAUCCAGUUCCAAGUGACGAGGGGAGGAGGCCCACGGACCCUGUCAAGGGACUGGUAUAGGGCCUGGCACAGAGGAGGACUACGAAACUAUGGCCGCCCACAACACAGAGAUGCAGAGUGAUAUUCAGAUUGGGUCAGUGUGGCCACUGCAGCCCUGAGUGAAGUGUUUCACAGUGAAUCAUAUGCAGUGUAUCAGCUCGUCUAAUUCUUAGCGAAAGUCAACAGUGAUAAUUUUUUAAAUUUAUUUAUUUUCUGUGUGUGUGUUUGGUUUUUUUUUGAAAUCUGAAAUACAACAGAAGUGAGAUUCACUCCAGGCUAAUCUGAACCCAGAUUGAGAAGAUCCGCUGAUUUGGUGCUGAGUGCCAGGUUAAACCCCAAGACCAGCAUCCUCAAUGCGCCUUCAUUGCACUGAUACAAAUCACUGUUGGAGUUCCCCAUCAGGAUACAACAGUAUUGUUAACAUCUUGCUUUGUUUAUAUAGAGAGCAGCCUGUUUUUACCCAGUUUCCUCUCUGAUGUCCUCGCCGUGUUGUUCUUUUUCCUUUCGGCUGCUUGCAAGUUCCCCCUGCGGCAUUACCUUCGCACGCAGCUGCUGUCUGGCAGGGAUGGGAAUGUGGAGCAGCUCCUUAGAGAACCGUGCUCAAGGUUACUCAGAGUUGGACGACACAGGUGCAGACAAAGGGCGUUGGUCGUUGUCAGCAAGUGUUUCUUCAGGAAACUGGCUGUCCGGGUCAGCUUUUCGCAGUUGUAAGUGAUGAGUCUCGCUCUCGCACUCUCUCUCUCUCUCUCCCUUUCUCUGCACUAAAAAGCACUGUGUCAAUUGUAACAUUAGCAUCCUGCUAAAAUUAAGCUUAUAUGACCUAAAAUGCAGUUUUAGGUAAAAGGCAGUGUGGUCAUGUUUAGUUGCUAUGGGAAUGGAACAUUCCAGGUGGUUUUACUCUGUUCACAGAGAACGGUAAGAAUGCAGAACAUGCAUACCUCAUGUGUAAACUGAAGGGUGCAAGUCUGGUCUCAGGGAGGUGGAACACUGUGUGUGUGUGUGUGUGUGUGUGUGUGUGUGUGUGUGUGUGCGUACAGUAUGGCAUUACUCUGUUUUAAUAAUGAAAUUAGGCUGUGUAUUACCUAAAGAGAUCAAGCCAUAGGUAAUAAGACAUUGGCAAUAAAUGAAUUACCAUGCAUUCAAUAGACAGCUUAUCUGUCUUGAACCCAGCUGAGCAGACUCCUGUCUGGAUCGUCAGGUGAUGCAGGAUUUCUCCUACUGUGAAACCUUGUGUUGGUGAUGGGAAGGAAAAGGGGUUUUUAUUUCUUUGACUAUUUAUGCUGUCCACUCUUUUAGCUAAAACUUUGAAUCCAAAUUCUGAAAACCUGAAAAUCCAAAUUCUUUAUUCUUCGAAUAAAAUGACAACCCCAAAAUGGGCUUCCCAAGUCUCUCCUCCAUCACAUCCUCACCGCUUAACCUGCUGACAUUACCUCACUGAUGUGGAUUAAAAUAGCUCAGAUUUGAAACUUGGGAUAGGUUAUGUGCAAGUAAGAGUGUGUGUGUGUGUGUGUGUGUGUGUGUGUGUG